AAACCAGAUGGUGUUGUGUGUGGCCCCCCUUUAAGUGAAGAAGAACAAGCAUUGUAUUUAUUUUGUGUUUUUUUUUCGCAUCGAAAAUAUUUGGAAUGUUUUGCUAACAACGCCCAAGGAAUCUAGGCAAUGUUUAAGGAAAGCUUUAAAUACUACAAAUCAAAAUGGCCUGUACCCGAUUUUAAGGAUGUCAUAAAUUUUUCGGGCCAAGGAAGUGAUGAAGAGGUGAAGGAGAUCCAUUUGAGUGAUUGUGAAGAUUUUGCUUCCUUGGGAUUGCCUUUGGGCUUGCAACCAGUACACCACUGGAAAUUGUUUACAUUAAAUAAUCGACCAGGUUUGGUGGUAAUACGUCAUGCUUUCACAGCACAAGGACAACGCUAUUGGAUGGCACGAAGCCUGCGAGAUUAUCCGCGUACACCGAAUCGGGUAAAUUUAAAUGAACGUUUAUUUCAAAAGUCCGUACUCGAUGACUGGUGGUCUUCGCUGCAAAAUUGUGCGGACAAAGAUGAGGCACGUAGAAUGAAAAUAUCCAUGCGAUGGACAACACUGGGCUAUCAUCAUGAUUGGGAUACAAAGAUUUACAGUGAAGAGUUGCAUACCAAGUUUCCAGAAGAUUUGGCCAAGCUGAGUAAAUUCUUUGCCUCGGUACUUGGAUAUAGUUUCUAUGAAGCACAGGCGGCAAUUGUAAACUAUUAUCCCAUAGGCACAACAUUGGCGGGUCACACCGAUCACUCGGAACAAAAUCUAGAAGCACCGUUGUUUUCAAUAAGUUUUGGACAAACGGCCAUAUUUCUGAUAGGCGGUCAAACUCGUGAGGAAAAACCUACUGCAUUGUUCCUGGAAAGCGGUGAUGUGCUGGUCAUGUCCCGAGAAUCACGCCUAUGCUAUCAUGCUGUACCGAGAGUAAUGAAGGCACGAGAGGAGACAUGGAAUACUCUCAUAGAACCUCCGUCUAAAUCAUCCAAAGAAUCUAGUCUAGAACCCCCCGUACAACCAAACAAACGUUUACGUACCGAAGUUCCAUGCAUAACUAGCACUGACACCCAAGCGGCCUUGGAAUGGGGUAUGGACCCCAUACUGUAUCAUCAGGUGACCGACGACAUUUUUUGGUCACCCUUUAAAAGUUAUUUACACGAUUCACGUAUCAACAUUAAUGUGAGGCAGGUGCUUUACGAAAACCAAAGGACAUUAAUUGAUGAUAUUUGUGGAAGCUGAAAGUGGAUUUAGGGCGCCGUUUGUUUUAUUGCAAUAUUUGGGUCUUGUUUGAUGGCAAAUUUAUUUUCAUAUUUUGUGUAAAAUAUGUUUUGUGGACAGAGUGGAGAGAAAAAUCCCUAAUAAAGGUUUUUAUAAGAAGUUGAA